AUGUCGGACCCCUGGGUCCCAUGGCUCCCACCCAUCUUGCUGCUCAGCCUUCUGGCAGGCCUCCAACAGGCUGCAGCCAAAUGUGGUCUCUUCUUCACCUGCCCUGAAGGAUUCAAAUGCUGUGGGGACAGCUGUUGCCAAGAGUAUGAGAUCUUCUCCAACCCCUUGAGGAUCUUCAGCAUCAUCUUCCUCAUGGUCCUGCUCUUCUUGUCCAUCUGUGGCCUGGCCAAGCACUUCUGUGGAAACUGCAGAAAGUCAGAGCAAGGACCUCCGACGGAGCACCAGGGGCCCCGAGUACUGCCCUCCUUCGACCCCCCAGAGCCGGCCAGAGCAUUCACCUCUGAGUCCCCGCCCCCCUACAGUGAGAUUAUUCGGAUGCCUGUCCUGGGCCUGCCCCCCACGGAUCCACCCCCUCCCUAUAGCUUCAGACCUGAAGAACAUCCUGGGGUCCGGAGAGGCAUUGACAACCCAGCUUUCUGA